CGCGCCAGUGCAGUCGACGCUUGACCAGAAGGUGGAUCGCACUAACAGACGUUUUUAUGUUUAAAUACAAGUGUUGAUCUAUAGACGAGUUUAAAGAUAAUUGUUUUGAAGAUGUCUGUAUUGAGAGCGAUCGCUAUUUUCCUAUGCGGGUUGUCAUUGCAAGUAUGCAGUGCGCAGAUGGUGUUCCCUGGAUCCUGUCCAGAUGUAGCCGUUAUGGGUGAUUUUAAUGCUAAUCGAUAUUUAGGUAAAUGGUACGAAGUUGAGAAAUACUUCGCAGUAUUCGAGUUCGGAGGCAAAUGUAUUACUGCCAAUUAUGAUCAAAAAGACAAUGGUGUUAUAAGCGUCGUCAAUAAACAGAUAAGUUCUUUCACUGGCAUGAAGUCUGAGAUAGAAGGGGAAGCGAUGCAAGUGAGCCGGUCCGACGAAGGCAAGCUCUCCGUCCGGUUCCCAUCACUACCCAUCAACAUGGCCGCACCCUACUGGGUCGUUGACACGGACUACGACAACUUUGCGCUGGUGUGGAGUUGCUACGAAUUUGGCGUAUUUCAUACGAGAAAUGCAUGGAUAUUGACCAGAGAACGAGACCCACCUGUUGAAACUCUAGAAAAGGCAUACGCAGCCGCAGACAAGAACAAUAUCAAUCGAGCUUACUUCCUGCGAACAGACCAAAAGAAUUGCCCUGACGAUGACUAAAAACAAAAAAAAAAAAUCCAAAACAAAUUACAUAUAUGAAUUCAAAGAAAUUGUGUAAUUAACAUUUAAUGCAUUUAAUAAUGUUAAAAGUAACUUACUUGUAACGAGGGACAUAGUUCUGGUUCAUUUGAAUUCCACCAUCACAACGCUCUUCAAUCAUCUCCAAAUUAAUAUUUUAAUUCGCUCUGCUGGCUAAACAAUCGCUUUAUAAUUUGAUUGCCUUAAGUAUUUUGCCUAUUAUGGCAAAUAUCUAAUGCAAUAUGCUUUUUUUUUUACUUGAAAAUCUUUGAAGUCAGAGAGACGAAUGUUUUUUAUCAUAUUAUAUUUGAUUUCUAAAUUAAUUAUGAUCACAUGUAUUUAUAGAUUUAACAAGGAAAUGAAGGACGAAGUGUAAUUUUAAGUUUUAGUAUUAUAUACACAGCAACCGUUUGCCGGUUAUUUUCACCAAUAAAUGGAUAUAUGAAGGAAAUUCAUAAUACGUAUUAAAAGCAUAGGUGGUAAACGAACAGGAGGAUCGCCUACAAACCCGGAAGGCUUGCCCAUACGUUGCCGUCCUUUAAGGAAUGAGUACGUUAAAUAUUAUUUGGAAGUCAAGUUUUAACUUAAUGUUAAGAUCAUCUCGAACAAUCUAUGUGUUUUUUUAAUUGUUGUACAAUUUGUGUCUGAGAAACAUUUUUUAAGCUGUACAUAUAAUGUAUGUAAUAUGUUCACAUAUAUACAUAUUAUACAAAUACACAUAAAAUAAACUCAUACAUAUUAUUAUGAUUAUUAUUUAUUAUGUUGGCACUACCCUCGAGUUUAAAGAUUAAAGG